AUGUCUCACGAUCAAGCUCAAAGCCAUCCGACGGGACCGUCGUCACACAAUCCCGAAGAACAUGGGGUUUCCUCCCAUCGCUCCUCUCCGACAUCUACUUCCACCGUUUCGUCGGCGAAUACCCCUCACCAACAAAAUCAGGGCGCUUUGGGUUCCGCGGUAGCAGCGAUGGAGCUGCACGACUCCAAGGGUUUGGAUUUGAUACAUAGAUGGGCCGCGCGCGCAUCCGACGCUCAGUUUAAUGCCUUAUCAGGAGCCAUAGGAGGCUUUACUUCCGGCAUCGUCACUUGCCCCCUCGAUGUUAUCAAGACAAAGCUGCAAGCUCAGGGAAAAUUUGUGCCCGUAGACAAAGGAAGAUACGUUGGGCACCGCAGGGCCUAUUCGGGUCUUGUGGGUACGGCGAAGAUCAUAUGGAGAGAAGAGGGUUUGCGGGGGAUGUAUAGAGGUCUAGGGCCUAUCAUUCUUGGCUACCUACCGACAUGGGCUGUUUGGUUUACCGUUUACAACAAGAGCAAGGUUUUCUUGGCCGAUCACAAAUUACAGAAAAGCGAGUUCUUUAUCAAUUUCUGGUCCUCCAUUAUAGCAGGGGCUAGUAGCACCUUGGUAACAAAUCCCAUAUGGGUAAUCAAAACUCGACUUAUGUCGCAAUCUGCCACGGGAUACAAUAGGCAAUUAUCCAUGUUCCCGCGGCCUAGUACUACGCCAACAUCAAGACCGACUAUUGAUUCUCCUUGGCACUACCGUUCAACUCUCGACGCCGCGCGUAAAAUGUACUCCUCGGAAGGUAUAUUAUCAUUUUAUUCUGGACUUACCCCGGCACUCCUAGGCUUGACGCACGUCGCCGUACAAUUUCCCGUGUAUGAAUACUUACGGAAGAAAUUUACGGGACAGGCUAUGGGCGAGAUGGGCAAUGACAAUCAGCAGAGCCAUUGGUUUGGUGUGCUCUCUGCGUCGAUAUUAUCAAAAAUUAUGGCUAGUUCGGCUACGUACCCGCACGAAGUGAUCCGGACAAGGCUGCAAACGCAGAGGCGGCCAACACCUGGAAGCGAAUAUCUACAAGGCUUAGGGGUUUCGGAGGCUACGCCCGGCAGUCGGAAUCACAUACCGAAUAGUCACUGCAGUAUCACCCCCGAACCCAAAUAUCAGGGCGUGGCUAUGACAUUCCGUACAAUUCUACGAGAAGAGGGAUGGAGAGCAUUCUACGCGGGCAUGGGUGUCAAUAUGAUGCGAGCCGUUCCAGCAGCAACGGUAACGAUGAUGACAUACGAGUUCGUUAUGAAGUCCUUGCAUCGCAUACAGGCCGAAGGCCAGGAAAAGUUGAAACGGGAUAAGGCGAUGGUACAGGAACCGUGA